AUGGCUCCACAGCCGCCGCCUUUGCCCACGCGCUUCCCGUGCUGGGUUCGGGCCAUCUACUCGUGGGGCGGCGAGUCGAAACGCGAUCUCGGCUUCGUCGAAGGCGACCUGAUUGAGUGCUUGAAUGCCGGCGAUGGCUCGUGGUGGACGGGCCGCCUCUGGCGUGACCGGAGGGCCAUCGGCCUGUUUCCCUCCAAUUUUGUCGAGGUCUUGCCAGAGAACUUUCGCCCUGCGCCUCGCUCAACGAGUCCUAUGCCCAAUAAUCCCAGCACCAAGGCCACGACCGUCCAGAAGUCGCGUACCUUCCGCAAACCCUUCGAGGCCUAUGCGAAGGCGCCGCAUUACACGACAGCAAAGGUCCCCGAGACUUGGAAGGACGGUGCCGGUCCUCGCGCUAGCAACGCCUCGGCCACUUCUCUCGACAAUACCAAUGCUGCCAGCACGAGUCCCGCGAGAAGGACCCCCUCGCCAAUCCCGCCCCGGGACCCCUCGCCUUCGCCGCGCGCUCUCGUCCCACGCGAGACUUCGCCCAGGCGCACUCCCAUCCAUUCACGAGAGCCGUCGCCAGCCCGAGCUCCUAGUUUUGGCUCCCGAGGCCCGUCUCCCGCGCCGUCACCUGCGCCAUCGUACAUACCGUAUCGUCCGCCACAGCAGCGACAGCAUGCCUACCACCUCAGUCUCGACACGGUCGAUAACACCUUCAGACCUCCGGCUCGUGCAGAAACCUGGACGCCCAGUGCGCACCAAGAAGACUCGCCUCCCCCGCCGCGCCCCCCUCCACACCGGUCAGGCACUUUUAUCCGACAUGCCGUUCACUCGUCAUAUGACGAGGGGUACUAUGGGGGCCUGUCUCGCGAGCCGACGACGCUGUCCAGAGAGCCGUCGAAUGCAUCGUACGGGUACCGGCCACGCCAAGAUUCCACCGUUUCGUAUGAGCCGUCUGCUCCAGCGUCGGGUUAUCACACGCCGAGGGGGCCAUCGCCUUGCCCGCCGAGUCCGGGCAUUGCCAGGGACCGUCUGACGCCGUCGCCAAAUAUUGGCAGAGAGGGCAUGACGCCGUCACCGCUGAGAGAGGCUAUGGACGACGUCAUGUCACAGCUGGAUGCGUUGGGCGUGGGGAGAUCGUCAGCUCCUCCGGAACACCUGAGAUCACCAGCUCCUCCAGAGCACCUCAGAUCAUCCGCCCCUCCUGCAGAGCAGCAGUUGAACCCCUGGUCUCCCGAGUCCUUUGAUAUGUUGAAUUGGCGCUCCAGGACGAGGCAGGAGCCGCAGCUGCGUCCCAAGACGUCGAUGGGUAUCCCGCAUCACAUAGUUGAUGAGGGGUAUGAGACGUUUAGCGCGAGUAAUGCGUCGUCGCAGGCGGGUCAUCAGCAUCAUCAUCAUCAUCAACAACAACAACAUCAUCAUCAUCAUCAUCAUCAGCAGCAGCAGCAGCAGCAGCAACAACAGCAGCAGCAACCUGGAGGGUACCAGGAACAGCCUAUCUCGAGGUUGAGCAACUAUGUUGAGCGCAUGGAGUCUAGACUGAGGAAUAUGCAGCUGCAUAGCCCCGGCACUCAAGAUGACGUCGAGAAGGAUGAAGCAGACGACGAUCCGCCGCCUCCGCCUCCACCAAAGGGGCGUCAUCGUAUGUUCCAGAGGCCAAAGUCCACAAUAGAAAUGCCCGAGCCGUUAGAACAACCUUCAAAGUAUCAGAAUAGGAGGUCGGCAUAUGACAUCCCUCGACAGGCUCUGAACUUGAACCGGACGUUCACCACCAAAACCAACUCGACCAACAGCUCGUCGGCGACCCAGAGCACAGAGCGCAGUCUCAUGAGCGGCGUGUCAGCCGGCGCCAUCAGCGCCACCAGUGCAGGCAGCCUGGCAAGAAAGAACCGCAGUAGGGCUAUGAGCAUGCUUGCCGGGCGCGACCUGGAGGAAGACCGACCCGAGACGCCCUUCACAGGCAUCACCUACCACAGCAGCCACGCCUCGGAUCAUCCAUAUCAACAGCAACAGCAACAGCAACAACAACAACAACAACAACAACAACAACAUGGGCACCAGCGGUCCAAGUCGCAUAUAGGAUUCAGUGACGAUCCGAUGCCGGCCGUGGGCGGCCUGGUGCAGCCGAAGCCGAAGAAGCAGAACUUCAUCAAGCGCAUUCUCGAGUCGGCAAAGACCUCGGCCAAGACGGGCGUUGCGAGCACUAGGGGGAUAGCAAUGUCGUCGUCGACCAACUCCGCGCAUCAUGUGUCGACCAAGUCGGCACCUUCGAUACCGUCAUUUGCGUCGGGGUUGCGGUCCAGCAAGACGGGUCGUGAGCCGGGCAGGGAGACGCCGCAUAGUAGUGUCGACUGGGUGCAGGUUCGGCGUGAUAUCAACAGGUCGAACUCGCUCAGCCAGAAUGAGUUGUUAGAGAGGAAAGAGAGGUGUCAAAUGCUGGAUUAUCCGGCCAUUGAUCCCGUCGAUGAGCUGUACAGCAGUAUCGAGGGGGAUGAAGGGGCUGAUGGGAUGCCGGUAGCUGAGCCGAUUAAUUUUGCGGCGAUUAAUUUUACGCAAGUGGAUAAGAAUUCGAGGUUCUUGACCAACCUCCCGCCGACUAUUACCCCGAUUACGCUGGCCACGACAUACGUCUGUCGACCGUACCGCAGCGACGUGCAGCGGUUCAGAGCCAUCUUUACCUGGGUAUCUGAGAUGAUCAAGUGGGAGGAGGACUUUGACGGGCCCAUCGACACGCGCCGCGUCAUUCAGACCAAGCGGGCCUGCGCCGAGGAGUAUGCGACGCUCGUCAUGGAGAUGUGUGCCGCCGUCGGCCUGACCUGUGAAGUCGUCCGCGGCUAUCUAAAGCCGCCUGGCGAAAUCACUGACGUCAGCAUCAUGCCGCGCCCGAACCACUGGUGGAAUGCGGUCAUCUGUGACAACGAGUGGCGUAUCAUCGACUGCUGUCUGGCCAGCCCCUCUAACCCCAAGCGAGCCCUUUAUUCCAGCUGGAGCAGCUCCCAAGCCGACCCCUUCUGGUUCCUCACGCGCCCGUCCGAGAUAUGCUGGACACACAUCCCCGAGCAUCACGGUCAACAGCACAUGUGCCCGCCCGUCGCGCUCGAGACCUUGAUGAACCUUCCCUGCGCCUGCCCCCCUUACUUUAAGCACGGCCUGGAGCUUGUGGAUUAUAACACCGCGCUCACCCGCAUCGAAGACCUCGAGAUGGUCCACCUCAAGGUCAACGUCCCCCACGACGUGGAGCUCGUGGCCGAGGUAGAGGUCAAGGCCUACGCCCGCGACGCAGACGGCGAUCUGUAUGAGUCGGGAGAUGUGAUCAAGAAGCGGGCGCUUGCGCAGGCAGAAUGGGUAGGCGGCGUCAAGCGAUACGUCAUCAAGGCCUUGCUGCCGGGGGAUGAGGGGUCGGGUGUGCUGAAGGUAUAUGCCGGCCCGAGAGGUCUGAUGCACUCCGUCCGGGACUGUCCCCAUCCUUUGGCGUUUGCCGUGCCGAUUAUUCAUACUGGAGAGAAUCCCCCGUACGAAUUCGUCCUCCGCCAUCCGACGCCCCACGCCCAAAGGCAUGAUAUAUAUGUUGUCCAACCCCAAUGCCAGCGCCUAGCGCUCAAUAACACUUUCGUCUUCUCCAUCCGCCAACACCCCUCCUCUCCACCAGGCGUCGACAUCCCCCGUCCCGAAUCCCCCACCAAAUCCGGCCGCCGCUCCGCGAGUCCCUUGCCGUUUGUCCGCCCCGGGUCUGCGCUCUCCAUCACCUCCGCCAGCACGGCUGCCGCGUCGGGGGUUAGCAGCUCCUCCGCUUCGGGCAGUAAGCAGAAGCCGGCUAAGUUGGCAAUUCAGACGCCCGGAGGCAAGAUCUUGAGGCUGAUGAAGAAGGAAGGGGUCGUCAAGAGUAAGAAUGGGGAUGAGGAUACGGGGGAGGGGGGUAUUUGGGAGACGAUUAUCAAGUGUAGUGAGAGAGGCGUUUGGAGGGGGUUGGUGCUUGCGGAUCGAAGUGCGCGGUGGUGUGUGUUUGCGGAGUGGGUUUGUGAGGGUUGA